GCCACCUGUCAGUGUCCAUCAAUGCCAGCUCUCAGUGCUCAUCCAUGCCACCUGUCAUAGCCCAUCAGUGCCACAUUUCAGUGCCCAUCAGUGCCACAUCAAUGUCACAUAUCAGUGCCCAUCUGAGCUGCCUUUCAGUGUCACCUAUCAGUGCCAGUCAGUGCCACCUAUCAAUACCAGCCAGUGCCACUUAUCAGUGCUGCCAAUCAGUGCCACCUAUCAGUGACAUGCCUAUCAGUGUGCAUCAGUGCCACCUAUCAGUGCCCGUCAGUGCUGCCUAUCAGUGCCGCCUAACAGUGCCAGUCAGUGCCACCUAACAGUGCCUGUCAGUGCCGUCUAUCAG